AUGAAGACCGAUGUGGUGGUGCCCGAAAUGCUGGCUUCCGUUGUGCCCCCGUCAGAUUCUUUUAAUCCUUCCACUGAUAGUCUGCACGCAGCCAUAAAACCGAUCAUUUUACUGGCCCAAUGCUUUGGCAUGUUUCCGGUGUGCGGUGUCAGUAAGCCGGAUGCCUCGUAUCUUCGAUUUACAUGGUACCAUCCGAAAAUCGUUUACGCGGUGAGCAUUAUUGUGGGAACGUCUGUCCUGACAGUCGGCAAUAUUCAUCGUUUGGUCAUCACGGGAGUAGAUUCUGUGAAAAUGACAACUUUCGUUUUCUUUGUCACGACUCUGAUAACCGCAAUAAUGUUUAUACGAUUGGCAAUGCACUGGCCUUGCCUGGCGUUAACUUGGGAAAAACUGGAACGUGAAUUCACCUCGAAACAUCGGCGGAUUUCGAGGACCAGUCUCGCAACUCGUUUCAAAAUCGUAACCAUUGUCGUCAUGAUGCUCGCGUUUGGAGAACACUCUGCCUCUAUAACAGCUGGGUACACCAGUGCAUUAGAAUGCGCAACGCAUCUCGGUGACGCGGAUGUUGUUGGUAUUUAUUUCAUAUCACAAUUCCCUCAGAUUUUCACAAAAUUAUCCUACAGUCUCUGGAAGGGGAUCGUGAUUGAAACUAUAAAUAUCCUCAGCACAUUCUCGUGGAAUUUUGUCGAUCUGUUUCUUAUUCUUAUCAGCAUAGCUUUGGCGGAUCAAUUCAAACGGCUAAACAGCCGCCUCUUUUCGAUACGGGGAAAGGCGAUGCCGGAGUGGUGGUGGGCUGAAGCCAGGAGUGACUAUAAUCAAUUGGCGACUCUUACGCGCAGAGUGGAUACUUACAUCUCAGGCAUCGUGCUUAUGUCCUUUGCUAUAGACUUGUACUUCAUCUGUAUGCAAUUGCUGUUUUCCUUCAAUCCAAUACGUGGUAGCAUACGGAAAAUCUACUUUGGUUUUUCCUUCGGUUUUCUUUUGGCGAGAACAACGGCGGUAUCCCUGUACGCAGCUUCUAUUCAUGAUGAAUCCCGUCUGCCAGCACCGAUUUUGUAUAGUGUCACUAAUUCUGGUUACAGCAACGAGGUCUCAAGAUUCUUGACACAAGUAACGACGGAUAAUAUUAGCUUGACGGGAAUGAAGUUUUUUUCCAUAACGAGAGGCCUUGUGUUAACCGUUGCAGGAACUAUUGUGACUUAUGAACUUGUUCUGGUACAGUUUAAUAACACCGUCCAGCAAACGGACCAUACGAAUAUAACUGCUUGUGAGGUGAGGUAG